AUUUAAGAGUCAGAGGGAGUUUGCUGAGAGGAAACUAGAGUGCACAACGCCGGUGAGCUAACAGGAAAGUGUCACAAACUCCAGUGUUUUUCGGAUAAUUUUGUCGCAUCCGUGUCAUUCUCCGUAAAAACAGGAGAUUUGGGGAAAGCAGGUCUUCUCAAUAAAAGGCGCCUGAGAGAAAACAGCCAAAAUGUCAGACGCAGAGAAGUUCCUCUAUGCCGACCGCAAUACUAUCAAUGACCCUUUGGCCCAGGCGGACUGGGCCUCUAAGAAGCUGGUGUGGGUUCCCUCAGAGAAGCUUGGCUUUGAGGCCGGCUCCGUCAAAGAGGAGACUGGAGAUGAGUGUCUUGUGGAGCUGGUCGACUCUGGCAAGAAGAUCAAGGUGAACAAAGAUGACAUCCAGAAGAUGAACCCACCCAAGUUCAGCAAGGUGGAGGAUAUGGCGGAGCUCACCUGCCUGAAUGAAGCCUCUGUUCUGCACAACCUGAGGGAGAGGUACUACUCGGGGCUCAUCUAUACAUACUCUGGGCUCUUCUGUGUGGUAAUAAACCCAUAUAAGCAUCUGCCUAUCUACACGGAAGAGAUCGUUGAGAUGUACAAGGGCAAAAAGAGGCAUGAGAUGCCCCCUCAUAUCUACGCCAUCACAGACACGGCCUACAGGAGCAUGAUGCAGGAUCGUGAGGAUCAGUCCAUAUUGUGCACGGGUGAAUCUGGUGCUGGAAAAACAGAAAACACCAAAAAAGUCAUUCAGUACCUUGCAUUUGUAGCGUCAUCCUUCAAAACAAAGAAAGAUCAAAGCAGUGUCAGCCUGUCACAUGGUGAGUUGGAGAAACAGUUGCUCCAGGCUAACCCAAUUCUGGAGGCCUUUGGCAAUGCCAAGACUGUGAAAAAUGACAAUUCUUCUCGAUUCGGAAAGUUUAUCAGGAUAAACUUUGAUGUCAACGGUUACAUCGUUGGAGCCAAUAUUGAGACCUAUCUGUUGGAGAAGUCUCGUGCAAUCAGACAGGCCAAAGAUGAACGGACCUUCCAUGUUCUUUAUUACUUGUUGUCGGGAGCAGGAGACAAAUUGCGUGCUGAGCUGUGCCUAGAGGACUACAAUAAGUACCGAUUCCUGUCAAAUGGAAAUGUUACAAUCCCUGGACAACAGGAUAAAGAACUGUUUGCUGAAACCAUAGAUGCCUUCAGGAUUAUGGGCAUCCCUGAGGAGGAGCAGACAGGUCUUUUGAAGGUAGUAUCUGCUGUACUACAGUUGGGAAACAUGAGUUUUAAAAAGGAACGCAACUCUGACCAAGCCUCCAUGCCCGAUAACACAGCUGCGCAGAAGGUGAGUCACCUCUUGGGCAUGAAUGUGACCGAUUUCACACGUGCUAUUCUCACGCCACGCAUCAAAGUGGGUCGUGAUUACGUUCAGAAGGCUCAGACUCAAGAGCAGGCUGAGUUUGCAGUGGAGGCUUUGGCCAAAGCCACUUAUGAGAGACUAUUUCGCUGGUUGGUUAUGCGCAUCAACAAAGCUUUAGACAAGACCAAGCGCCAGGGAGCUUCUUUCAUCGGAAUCCUGGAUAUCGCUGGAUUUGAGAUCUUUGAGCUGAACUCUUUUGAGCAGCUCUGCAUCAACUACACCAACGAGAAGCUUCAGAAGCUGUUCAACCACACCAUGUUCAUCCUGGAGCAGGAGGAGUACCAGCGUGAAGGCAUAGAAUGGAGCUUCAUUGACUUCGGCCUUGACCUGCAGCCCUGCAUUGAACUCAUUGAGAAGACUGCUGGUCCUCCAGGAAUCCUGGCUCUGUUGGAUGAGGAGUGCUGGUUCCCGAAAGCCACAGACAAAUCCUUUGUGGAGAAGGUUGUUCAGGAAUUGAGCAACAACUCAAAGUUCCAGAAACCCAAGAAGCUCAAAGAUGAUGCUGACUUCUGUAUCAUUCACUACGCUGGCAAAGUAAGAGCCAUUAUGGGUCUUAAACAUUAUUUGAACAAGAUUAGUUUCUCCUAUGUUUGUAAAGUAAUUAAUACUGUGGAUGUUUGUACCAUGAAGUCAUACUGGAUAAUGGACAGAAUUGUGGGAUUGGACAAAGUGGCCGGAAUGGCUGAAUCCUUGCAUGGAGCCGUCAAGACUCGUAAAGGAAUGUUCCGGACCGUAGGACAACUGUACAAGGAGCAGCUGACAAAUCUGAUGACCACUCUCAGAAACACCAACCCUAACUUUGUCAGAUGCAUCAUCCCCAAUCAUGAGAAGAAGGCUGGUAAAUUGGCACACCAUCUGGUUCUAGAUCAACUACGGUGUAAUGGAGUUCUAGAAGGCAUUCGGAUCUGUAGACAAGGGUUUCCCAACCGCAUUGUCUUCCAGGAGUUCAGACAAAGAUAUGAGAUCCUCGCACCAAAUGCCAUCCCCAAGGGCUUUAUGGAUGGAAAGCAGGCCUGUGUCCUCAUGAUCAAAGCCCUGGAGCUGGAUUCUAACUUGUACCGUAUAGGUCAGAGUAAAGUGUUCUUCAGGGCUGGAGUUCUUGCCCACCUGGAAGAGGAGAGAGAUCUGAAGAUCACUGAUGUCAUUAUCACUUUCCAAGCCUGGUGUAGAGGCUAUGUCGCUAGGAGAGCCUUUGCCAAGAGGCAGCAGCAGCUGACGGCCAUGAGGGUGAUCCAGAGGAACUGUGCAGCCUACUUGAAACUCCGGAAUUGGCAUUGGUGGAGACUCUUUACCAAGGUGAAGCCUUUGCUGCAGGUGACCAGACAGGAAGAGGAAAUGGUCGCUAAAGAAGAAGAGCUGGUUAAGAUGAAGGAGAGACAGCAGCAGGCUGAGGACCAGCUCAAAGAGUUCGAGGCCAAACAACAGCAGUUUAAUGCAGAGAAGAUGGCACUGCAGGAGCAGUUGCAGGCAGAGACAGAGCUGUGUCAAGAGGCUGAAGAGAUGAGGGUGCGUCUUGCUGCACGCCAGCAGGAGCUGGAGGAGAUCCUGCACGAUCUGGAGUCCCGCUUGGAAGAAGAGGAGGAGAGAGUCUCACAGUUUCAGACGGAGAGGAAGAAAAUGCAACAGAACAUCACUGAUCUGGAGCAACAACUGGAUGAGGAGGAAGCAGCCAGACAGAAGCUGCAGUUGGAGAAAGUCACCAUGGAUGCCAAGCUGAAGAAGAUUGAGGAGGAAAUUAUGGUUCUUGAUGACCAAAACACCAAACUUAACAAGGAGAAAAAGCAGCUGGAGGAGAGAAUGUCUGAGUUCACCACUAACCUGGCUGAAGAGGAAGAGAAAUCCAAGAGUUUGCAGAAACUCAAGAACAAACAUGAAGCCAUGAUUACCGACCUGGAGGAUCGUUUAAGGAAGGAAGAGAAGCAGAGGCAAGAGUUGGAGAAGAGUAGACGGAAGUUGGAGGGUGACUCUACAGAGCUGCAUGAUCAGAUUGCAGAGCUGCAGGCUCAGAUCGCAGAGCUCCGUGCUCAACUGGCCAAGAAAGAGGAAGAGCUCCAGGCUGCACUAGCAAGGAUUGAGGAGGAAGCUGCACUUAAGAAUGCUGCCCAGAAGAACAUUCGUGAGUUGGAGGCCCAGCUCUCAGAGCUGCAGGAAGAUCUGGAGCUGGAGAAAGCUGCUCGUGCUAAAGCUGAGAAACACCGCAGGGACCUGGGAGAAGAACUGGAGGCUCUAAAGACAGAACUUGAGGACACACUGGACUCUACUGCAGCUCAGCAGGAACUCAGGGCAAAGAGAGAGACUGACGUGGCUCAGCUGAAGAAGAUUCUGGAAGAUGAGGCUCGUUCACAUGAACAGAUGCUAGUUGAAGUGCGACAGAAACACAACCAGGCCUUUGAGGAGCUCAAUGAACAGCUUGAGCAGGCCAAAAGGAGUAAAGCAUCUGUGGACAAAGCUAAACAGGCUCUGGAGAGUGAACGCAAUGAACUUCAGAUCGAACUUCAGUCAUUGUCACAAGGCAAAAAUGAAUCCGAGCACCGCAGAAAGAAAGCAGAAUCGCAGCUUCAGGAGCUACAGGUCAAACAUGGAGAGAGUGAGAGACAGAAACAGGAACUGGCGGAUAAAGUGUCGAAAAUGCAGGUGGAGCUCGAAGCUAUACAGGGCACCCUGAGCAAGGUGGAGAGCAAAUCCAUCAAAGCUGCAAAAGAUUGUUCUACUGUUGAAUCUCAACUUAAAGACACACAGGCGUUAUUGGAGGAGGAGACCAGGCAGAAGCUUGCGCUCUCCACUCAUAUUCGGCAACUGGAGGAUGAGCAGAACAACCUGAAAGAGAUGCUGGAGGAGGAAGAGGAGAGCAAGAAAAAUGUUGAAAAGCAGCUGCACACGGCUCAAGCUCAGUUGGCAGACAUGAAGAAAAAGGUUGAGCAAGAGGCCCAGAGCCUGGAAAGCAUGGAGGACUGGAAAAAGAAAUUGCAGAGGGAGGUGGAAAGCAUCAUGCAGCAGUUGGAGGAGAGGAAUGCCGGCUACGAUAAACUGGAGAAGACCAAGACACGUCUGCAGCGGGAGCUAGAUGAUGUACUGAUAGACCAGUCUCACCUGCGGCAAACCGUUCAGGAGCUGGAACGUAAACAGAAGAAGUUUGACCAGAUGCUGGCAGAGGAGAAGAACAUCUCUCAGAAGUAUGCAGAGGAGAGGGAUCGUGCUGAGGCAGAGGCCCGUGAGAAGGAGACCAGAGCCCUGACUCUGACUCGAGAGUUGGAGGCCAUUACUGACUUGAAGGACGAACUGGAGAGGGUCAACAAGCAGCUCAAAACUGAGAUGGAGGACCUGAUGUCAUCCAAAGAUGAUGCUGGCAAGAGUGUGCAUGAACUUGAGCGGGCCAAGCGAGGAAUGGAACAGCAGUUAGUGGAAAUGAAGAUGCAGCUGGAAGAGCUGGAGGAUGAACUGCAGCUCACAGAAGAUGCCAAACUGCGCCUGGAGGUCAACAUGCAGGCCAUUAAGGCCCAGUUUGAGAGAGACCUGCAGAGCAGAGAUGAGCAGGGUGAGGAGAAACGGAAGCAGUUAGUCAAACAGGUGCGUGAGAUGGAGAUGGAGCUUGAGGAUGAGAGGAAACAACGGGCUCAGGCCGUAUCUGUGCGCAAGAAGCUUGAGCUGGAUCUGUCGGAGUUGGCUGCUCAGAUCGACAAUGCCAACAAGGCUCGAGAUGAGGCCCUCAGACAGCUCAAGAAACUACAGGCCCAGAUGAAAGAUCAGAUGAGAGAGUUUGAGGAUCUACGCCUAUCCAGAGACGAGGCUCUUAACCAGGCCAAAGAAAACGAGCGCAAGAUCAAGAGCAUGGAGGCUGAGAUCAUGCAGCUGCAUGAGGAUCUGGCUGCUGCUGAUAGAGCAAAGAGACAAAUUCAACAAGAACGAGAUGAGCUGCAGGAUGAGAUCAAUAGCCAGAAUGCCAAGAACUCGCUGAGCAGCGAUGAGAAGAGGAGACUGGAGGCACUUAUUGCUCAGCUUGAGGAGGAACUUGAGGAAGAACAUCUCAAUGUGGAACUGGUCAAUGAUCGACUGAAGAAAGCUACACUGCAGGCUGAGCAGGUUACAGUGGAGUUGACUGCAGAGCGUGGUAACAGUCAGCGUCUAGAGGGUUUGCGCGCUCAGCUGGACCGCCAGAACAAGGACCUAAAGCAGAAGCUUCAGGAUUUGGAGGCAACUGUGAAGAGCAAGUACAAGUCCACCAUCACUGCCUUGGAGGCCAAGAUCCCACAGCUUGAAGAGCAGUUGGAUGUUGAGAUGAAGGAGAGGCAGCAGUCCACAAAACAGGUGCGGCGUAUGGAGAAGAGGCUCAAAGAGAUCUUACUGCAGGUUGAUGAUGAGAAACGCAAUGCUGAGCAAUACAAAAAUGAGACUGAGAAGCUGAACACUCGUAUGAAGCAGUUGAAGAGACAGCUAGAAGAGACUGAGGAGGAAGCGGCUCGAGCUAACGCCUCCCGCAGGAAGCUGCAGAGAGAGCUGGAAGAUGCCACAGAAUCCGCUAGUCUUAUGAACCGAGAGGUCAGCACCCUAAAGAACAAACUACGGCGUGGAGAUUUCACUGUAAACGUACGUCGUACAGCUGGACGCUCGGGUGUGGAUAGCGAUGAGGAGAACGAUCUGAAGAGUGAGGGGUCAGAGCCAACUCCGGAGUAAAUUUCAGCAUAUCAAAGCUGAGCCUAUGGGUGUUACAGAUGAGGAUCUAUUAUUUGCCACCAAGUUUGUCUUGUUUAAAGGAAAUCUGUAUGCUUUGAGGGCAACUGUAUCCUUAAUGGGGUUUUUGCUGCAAUUUUCAGUGUUUUAAAGCAGAUUUUGAGCCAAACAAUUAUUCGAGCCAUGAGCAUAACUUUGCUCCAAGAUAAAAAAAAA